ACGUCGACGCGGGGCUUUUCUUCAGCCGGGUCCCGCUAACUCGCCUACGGUGUAUCUGCGUCUUUGGCCAGGCUGUUUUUUGGCUAAGAGAGCAGUCGUCGCGGACCGGCGCUGUUAGCAGGGCUUAGUGCUCUGACUGGCCGCCUUGACCUCCCUCCCGGCUUUUCCUUCCGACUUAUCCACUUUAGGGGAGUCUCGGAGUGGCGGAGACCCCCGGGGAAGAGCGGGGUGCCGGUGUCCGCUCCGGGCUCGGAUGGGAAGUGGCGGGAGGAGCGACCCGGGAUGUUCAGUCUGAUGGCCAGUUGCUGCGGUUGGUUCAAGCGGUGGCGGGAGCCCGUCAGAAAGGUGACUCUUUUGAUGGUGGGACUUGAUAAUGCUGGUAAAACCGCAACAGCAAAGGGAAUCCAAGGAGAAUACCCUGAAGAUGUAGCUCCUACUGUUGGAUUUUCAAAAAUUAACCUUAGACAAGGAAAGUUUGAAGUCACCAUCUUUGACUUGGGAGGUGGAAUAAGAAUUCGGGGAAUCUGGAAGAAUUACUAUGCUGAAUCCUAUGGGGUAAUAUUUGUUGUGGAUUCCAGUGAUGAAGAGAGAAUGGAAGAGACAAAAGAGGCUAUGUCAGAAAUGCUAAGACAUCCUAGGAUAUCGGGAAAACCUAUAUUGGUGACAUUAUAUAAAAGUGAUAUUUUAUGCCUCCCUGAAUACAAGCACCACCUACGAAAUAUGCUUGCCAGAAAGAUUUCAUCUGAAACUCAUCCAGCUUCUUACCACCAGAUAUGGGAAAUACAGGAUAGGUUGGCAAACAAACAAGAUAAAGAAGGAGCGUUAGGAGAAGCUGAUGUCAUUGAAUGUCUAUCUCUGGAAAAAUUGGUCAAUGAGCACAAGUGCCUCUGUCAGAUAGAACCAUGUUCAGCAAUCUCGGGGUAUGGAAAGAAAAUUGACAAGUCCAUUAAAAAAGGCCUUUUUUGGCUGCUACAUGUUAUUGCAAGAGACUUUGAUGCCUUAAAUGAACGCAUCCAAAAAGAUACAACAGAACAGCGUGCUCUUGAGGAACAAGAGAAACAAGAAAGAGCUGAACGAGUGCGAAAAUUACGAGAAGAAAGAAAACAAAAUGAACAAGAGCAGGCUGAACUUGAUGGAACCGGUAGUCUGGCCGAAUUGGACCCAGAACCAACAAAUCCUUUCCAGCCAAUAGCAUCUGUAAUCAUUGAGAAUGAAAGAAAACUUGAAAGAGAGAAAAAAAAGCAAAAAAUGGAGAAAGACAGUGAUGGCUGCCACCUGAAACAUAAAAUGGAGCAUGAGCAAAUAGAGACAGAAGGUCAGGUUAAUGACAGUGGCCAAAAAAAUAAUGAAUUUGGACUAGUAGAAAAUUAUAAGGAGGCAUUAACACAGCAGUUAGAGAAUGAAGAUGAGACAGACCGGCCAUCGUUGGAAUCAGCUAAUGGUAGAAAGAAAACUAAGAAACUAAGAAUGAAAAGGAACCACCGGGUAGAACCACUUAAUAUAGAUGACUGUGCUCCUGAGAGUCCAACACCACCCCCACCCCCUCCUCCUGUUGGCUGGGGAACCCCUAAAGUCACUAGACUUCCAAAACUUGAGCCUCUUGGUGAAACACGUCAUAAUGAUUUCUAUGGGAAGCCGCUGCCUCCCUUGGCUGUGCCACAGCGACCUAAUGGUGAUGCUCAUGAUGUGAUCUCAUAAACAAGACGUAUGGAGGAGUUCUCUUAAUAUCAGCAAGGUGAAGUGGGACAUUCUUCUUUCUCAGAAGAAGAAACAUGUUGUAUAUUGAUGACCGGGGCAAGAUAACCAUAAUGAUUUUAGUGAGAAGAUUAAUACUCAAGGACCUGACUUGAUAAUUAAUUAUUUGUGUUCUUCAUGGUUAAAAAAUAAAGGAAGCACAAUGACCAGUACAUAAAAUCAGCAUUUGGACCAAAUUAGCAAGAUUUACUGUUGACUCUGGUUUAUACAUCCCCACUCAUGAGGAUACUUCUGAAGGAAAACUUUAGAAAAAGAGCCAGUGAACUCAGCACUUUCUUUACUAUUUGUUCAAUAGCCUGUAUUUCUAGAUAUUAAGUAUUUUUUGUAAGAUACAUGCACAUAGAAGGGGGACUUCUAGGAAUUUAUAACCAAAAUUUUAAAACUAUUUUUAUAUUUUUUUAAAUCUUUAAAAAUUUUAAUUACUAUGAUAUUGAUUAUACACCCUUUUUUUAUAGAUGAUUUGUUUAAAUUGUGUCUGGAAAAUAGAGUUGAUUUACUUUCAGACAUGAACUAUACAAACAGGAUAUAUUUAUAUGGCUUGAGGUAUGUUUUGUAAUAGCAUUGUUCUUUAAGUGUAAGUCAUAAUUUGACCUAAUUUAAAAAUAAUAUAUUUUUGAAAUAGAUUCUCAGAUCUUUAUUCUACCAAUUAUAUGAUUUGAAAACAGUACUCAGUGAGAGAGACUGGAAAUACUUUUUGUACCUAAAUGUUUUUGAAAUUAAUUAAAAUAUAUUCUGUGAGAUACUGUUAAAAGUCUCAAUAAAGUCCUGUUUUAACGGUUAGACACUUUCAGAGAUCAAGGUGCUCCCUAUACUCCCUUGUUCCAUCAGAAGCUGCAGUAACUCUUUUAGGUGAUUCUAAUUCUUUCAUGCCUUGAAAUUAAACUAUGAAAUUAAAGGCAGAAAGACUGGAAAACCUACUGCAGGUCCAAAGACUUCUGUUUCACAACUGGGAAACAGCUUGUGUACUAAAGUAACGAGAAUAAAAAUGUUGGCCCAAAAUUACUUUUAUAAAUAAAUAAUUCCAAAAUAAUUUCUUAAUUUAAGAUGAUAGCACUUCUCUUGCACUUAAGAAUGGCAUCCAUAAGAUUCUGUAUUUGGCAUUUAGACAGACUUCUAGAUGUAUAUUUUGAAUAACAGAUUCAUAAUGUUACAUUUAAUUGAAAACAAACCUUUAUAUCCCAGUGAAAAUAGUAUAAACAGAAUGAUUUUUACAUCACCUUGUUAAGAUUGGUGCUUUUGGUAACUUGUACUGACACAACAGACAUAUACUAGUAUCUGAUAAUAACAUUAAGUACAUUUUUUGUCGUUUAAUAUAUUUACUUUAAAAAUUUUACUUCAGAACAUGAGAUUUUAUUCACAUUUUUUAACUCACCGAAUUUUAACAAUUAGGUCACCUGUACUCCAGUCAGCAUUGUAUAUAUUCUUGGAGUUUGUACAUCAGACUUACCAAGCACACUGAGUGAGUUAAAAGCAUUUGACUUCAGAUCUAAAAUUCAUAACAACCUGAAUUUGAGAGGUGGCUGAAAUGUGAUAAAAAGCAAUAAGAAAAGACAGAAUGUAAAUUUUGAAAAGGAUUUUAAAGGGAAAAUUGCACAGCUUUUUGUAACAUUUACUCAAUUUUAAAACUAAACUCGUUCUUUUGCCAUCUUUUUAAUAUUUAUCUCGGGAGUAUACAUGUUUUUAAACUUUUUGUUUUCUAUCUGUGUUUACUAUAGUGUAGCUACUAACUUCAUUUAAUAAAAAUAAAUGAUUUUGAAAUUAAAUAUAUAGAAUUCACAUUUUAUAUAGCUCUCUCAAAAAAAUAAUUUUUAUUCCUUAAGCGUUUUAAAAACAUUUUAAAAUAUGUUUUGUAAAUCCAGGUGUAUUUUAACAAUUAAAUGCCUAUUUUGUUAUAUGUUAUAUUUUUAUUCUUAAUUCUGAAUUUUGACAUUUUCACACAAUAAAAUAAUUUAUGUCAA